AUGAAUUCCUCGUUUCACCUGCAUUUCUUGGAUCUCAACCUGAAUGCCACAGAGGGCAACCUUUCAGGACCCAGUGUCAGAAACAAGUCUUCGCCCUGUGAAAACAUGGGCGUCGCUGUGGAGGUGUUUCUCACUCUGGGUGCCAUCAGCCUCGUGGAGAACAUCUUGGUUAUAGGGGCCAUAGUGAAGAACAAAAACCUGCACUGCCCCAUGUACUUCUUCGUAUGCAGCCUGGCGGUGGCCGACAUGCUGGUGAGCAUGUCCAACGCCUGGGAGACCAUCACCAUCUACCUGCUCAACAACAAGCACCUAGUGAUAGCAGACGCCUUUGUGCGCCACAUUGACAACGUGUUUGACUCCAUGAUCUGCAUUUCCGUGGUGGCGUCCAUGUGCAGCUUGCUGGCCAUUGCGGUGGAUAGGUACGUCACCGUCUUCUAUGCCCUGCGCUACCACCACAUCAUGACGGCGAGGCGCUCGGGGGCCAUCAUCGCCGGCAUCUGGGCUUUCUGCACCGGCUGCGGCAUCGUCUUCAUCCUGUACUCCGAGUCCACCUACGUCAUCCUGUGCCUCAUCUCCAUGUUCUUCACGAUGCUCUUCCUCCUGGUGUGUCUGUACAUACACAUGUUCCUCCUGGCGCGGACUCACGCCAAGCGGAUGGCGGCUCUGCCCGGGGCCAGCUCUGCGCGGCAGAGGACCAGCGUGCAGGGCGCCGUCACCCUCACCAUGCUGCUGGGCGUGUUCAUCGUGUGCUGGGCCCCGUUCUUCCUGCAUCUCAUUUUAAUGCUUUCUUGCCCUCAGAACCUCUACUGCUCUUGCUUCAUGUCUCACUUCAAUAUGUACCUCAUCCUCAUCAUGUGUAACUCCGUGGUGGACCCUCUCAUAUAUGCCUUCCGCAGCCGGGAGAUGCGCAAGACGUUUAAGGAGAUUAUUUGCUGCCGAGGCUUCCGAAUCGCCUGCAGCUGUCCCGGAAGGGAUUAA